AAGCAGGCACCCACUAUACAGAAUAGUGUUUCAGAUAUUUUCAUAUCCCUUCCAUUGCUGCGCGUGCCGUUAGUUGUACCUAUAAAGCCCUACUGCUCUUCAAUCAAUUUCUCUCCACAGAUCUGAUCCGAACUACUCAGAAUCAAUCAUUUAAAAGUUGAGAGAUCAUGGGGCGUGGAGUCAGCAGUGGUGGAGGACAGAGUUCCCUAGGUUACCUCUUUGGAGAUGGUGAGCCUCCAAAGCCUACUACCAACAAGGUAGAAGCUCCACAGAAUCAGGGACCUAUUACAAGCGAUCCGCAGAAGCCUACUGCAACUGCACCAGCUCCAACUGUUAAUAAGCAGAUUCCAGCUGGCAUCCAGGGGCGCAAUUCCAAUAACUAUUUCCGUGCAGAUGGACAAAACACUGGGAAUUUCCUCACGGAUCGCCCAUCUACCAAAGUGCAUGCAGCACCAGGUGGUGGAUCUUCCCUGGGUUACCUGUUUGGCGAUGGCAAGAACUAGUUCCUUCUGUCCAAAGAUGAAACUGUGUGUGUAGUCAUGAAAAAACGAUGAGACUGCUGUUACUGUAUGUUGGUUUAUUUUGUGUCUGGGGAAACAGUGUCGGCAUUCAGAAGAUCCAAUUGUAAUAUGAUAAUCCUUUCCUAUUCACUGUUGGGAUAUAUACCCAAAGCUUCAACUGUGAACAAUCCUCAAUGCCUGUUUAAGAAAAUCAAGUUUUAGUUCGUGCUA